AGGUUACCCUUACGACAAUUCCCAAAACCAAACACAAAAACUACCAACAAAAAACCUUCCGCAUAACAAAACACACACAUUGCUGUUUCAUUCAAUUAUUACCUUCACGCUCUGUUUUUCCUUUUUCUCUCUUAACGUUAUUCCAAAUCUGAUGAUUAUUAACAUAUUCAAAUCUCAGCAACCCAUUUGAAUCUCAAAGAUCAAAAUCAUUUUUUUUCUUCAUUUUCUCUGGCCAAACACCAUUGAGAAAAAAAGGGUGUGUGGCAAAUGGGGGCGUAUAGAGCUGAUGAUGAUUAUGAUUAUCUGUUUAAGGUUGUUCUGAUCGGUGAUUCUGGUGUUGGAAAAUCCAACCUUUUGUCUAGAUUCACCAAAAAUGAAUUUAGCCUUGAAUCUAAAUCCACCAUUGGUGUUGAGUUCGCUACCAGAAGCAUUAAGGUUGAUGAUAAGGUUAUCAAGGCUCAGAUUUGGGAUACUGCUGGCCAAGAAAGGUAUCGAGCGAUUACGAGUGCAUACUAUAGAGGAGCUGUUGGUGCAUUACUGGUCUAUGAUGUUACACGCCAUGUUACAUUUGAGAAUGUGGAGAGAUGGUUGAAGGAGCUGAGAGACCACACGGACGCCAACAUUGUCGUGAUGCUUGUUGGUAACAAAGCUGACUUGCGUCAUUUGCGGGCGGUUUCAACUGAAGAUUCAACAGCUUUUGCAGAGAGGGAGAACACGUUUUUCAUGGAAACGUCUGCGCUCGAGUCGUUGAACGUUGAAAAUGCUUUCACUGAAGUGCUGACACAGAUCUACCGUGUUGUGAGCAAGAAAGCCCUUGAGAUCGGGGAUGAUCCAGCAGCGCUACCGAAAGGACAGACAAUUGAUGUUGGAUCUCGGGAUGAUGUGUCCGCUGUGAAGAAAUCUGGAUGCUGCUCUUCUUGAGCUUGCAGUAAAAUUUUCUGUAUUUUUUUUUUACUGUAAACCUAUGCCAUGUUUAUAUUUUUAGGAGUGAUGCUAACUUUCGGCAUUGGUCUGUAGCAAAAUCUGUUCAAUAUUAGUUAGAUGUUCAGGAAACAGGCACUUUCAUUUUUCUUGGUUCAUCUUUCUGUUGAAGCUAUUCAUUUAUCUAAUUUCAGGUUUAUUGAA